AUGAAAGCGCUAUCUGUACCACUACGUAGAUGGCAUAAGCAGCAUUUUGGGGAUAUAUCGGAGAGGAUAAAGAGGUUUGAGGAAGAAUUUAAGAAGGUGGAUGAUAUGAUUAGUAGUGGACGGCAUGAUGGUACACUUGAGGCAAGGAGGAAGGCGUUAGUAAGGUGCUAUGAGAAGUGGUAUGAGAGACAGGAUGUUCACUGGAAGCAAAUGUCUAGAUCUCGGCAUGCUAAUAAGAUGGAUAGAAACACAAGAUACUUCCAUAAUAUUUUGGCGAGAAGAGGAAAUAACAGAAUAGAGUAUUUGGUAAUUCAUGGGAGGUUAGUGCGGAAUCAAGCAAGGAUCAAAGUUGCGAUCCGGGACUUCUAUAAAUGGCUGUACCACCAAGAAGCUUCUCCAAGUGUGACCUUUAGGGAUGGAUUAGUUAAUCGGCUAGCGAGGGAGGAAGUUGAAGUAUUAGAGGUGAUACCAUCAGUAGAGGAAGUGAAAGAGGCAGUUUGGGAUUGUGAAUCUUCUAAGACUCCAGGGAGUGACAGAUACAACAAAAAUACAUAA